CUAGUAUCCAAGCUACCGUAGAUGUUAAACGGUUAAAGACGGGUAAAGUGACACAGGAUUAGACAAGACGAUUUUAUGACAGGUGUUUUCCGUUUCACAGCUGUUUACAAGAACUCUUAACGUCUGGAUAAUUUUCAGAAGAACUUUAAAAACUCCAUCUCCGUUAACUUUAAAAUCUGAGAAGUUAACGAGCUAAGCUAGCGUUAGCGGAGCAGUCUGAGCUAGCAUGUCGGAGCAGAGAGAGGACAAAGAGGAGGAGGUGAAAGGAGAAGAGGAGGAAAACACGGCGACAAACCCACACGCUGGUGAAAGUACACCCGAGCAGCCUCCAGAGGAAGACAGAGAGCCGGGGCUGGAUGGAGAGGAGGAACACACUGAUAGACAGAACACAGGUGCGAAUAUGGAGGCCAGAGAAGAUGCUGAACCUCAGUUAGACCUGCAUACAGACCCUGACCAACAAAGUGAGCCUCAGAAAGAAGAAGAUGUUGAUCUUUCAAUAGUAACUGAUGUACUGGAGGAAGCUGACACUCAAGUUGACCUGCCCGUUGAUGCUGAGCAGCUUAGAGAGCCUCAGAGGAUGGAGAACAUUGGAAACUCCACAGCUACAGUGAAGGUGGUGCUGGUGCCAGAGGGUCAUGUGAUGACCGUGGCGUUCGCCAUCGGUCUCAGCAUCACAGAUCUGAAGGGUCAUCUCGCCUCUGAGCUCAGAGUUCCCGCUGAAGUGCUGCAGAUCUCUCUGGACGGCAGAGUGGUGGAGGAGCAACAGAGCCUGAUGGAGCUCGGUGUCCGGCCUCAUGGCUCCACCCGGAUGGAAAUGAGCUCCAUCGAUCCAAAAGCACACCCGCUGCGCCCUGUUCGACCCCCCGAGCAUGACAACAUGCCAGAUGUGAUCACUGUCAGAGUGCAUAAAGAUGAGAGCGUAUUUGAGGAGGUGGUUGUGGAGAUCGAGCGCCCCCGCCAGCAGAAGGUCUUCCUGGGUGGCUACAAAAACAGACUGACAGGGGUGGAGUUCCACCAUGCUGCCAUCCAGACACUGCCAAAGAGGAGGCCUGACAGAGGAGUGGUGGUCUUUAGCCGUGACACACAGACUGCAGAGCUGAAGUCUCAAGUCCAGCAGUGUGCAGUGGACGCUUCCACCCAGAUGACUGGGAUUGGGUGCUACGUCUCCUGUAUGAAUGACAAGCUGGUCACCCCAGGCAACUACAUCACCGCUGACGAGUACCAUGACAGGAGGCUGAAAGCUGUCAUCCUUCUGCAGUCGUAUGCUCGCCGCUGGCUGGCCCAGCAGGAGGUGAGCCGCCUGUAUAGAGACCGGGAUCGUCGUCUGGCCUGGCUGGAGCUGCGGGAGAGGAAGAGGAAGGAGGAGAAGGAGGAGCAGCUGAGAGACCGCCACCACCGCAGGAUGAACCCACAGAGGAGGGAGGACUUCAAUCUGCUGUUCCACGCUCUGGAGAAGUGGAGAAUUGAGGAAGAGCAGAACAUCAACUCCAGCCUGAGAGGAGCUGAGAGGAAAGCCGCUCUCUGCUCGCUGCUGGAGCAGGAGACUCAGCUCAUCAGCGCCAUCGGGCAACAUCGCAUUGCAGCACAGAACAUCAACUAUGACAAAGCUGUCAAGAGUUUUCUGGACAAGUCUGCAGCUCCUCAUCAGUGGAGAGGAGCCGACGGUCGGGUAAUUGAGAUGGACACACCGCACACCAUCAGAGCCAGAGAGCUGAAAGAACUUUACAACAACACCAAUAUGAGAACUGUCAGCAAGGAGGAGAGACUGCAAACCCUCAUGACGGUCAAACACACUGUGAAGGAGCAUGAGUGCCAGCUGACCCGGGACAUUGUGGAUUUGAUUGACAGGGAGGCGGACCUGAUGGCUCGGAAGGUUAAAGUAAAGAACUUGGAGGGCCUGAGGCAGAGGAUCUCCACUCUGCUCCUCCAGUACAUCAAAACACCAGAGUUUAACCCUGAGGCUGCCAGGCUGCUGAAGGUUCCCCAGAAUCCCUCUGUGCUGAAGAACAACAUGCUCCUCUGCCGAAGCUGUAAUCGCUACCUACAGUCUGACAAGUUUACCCCGACUGCCGGCGGCCGUCUCAGGGAUCGGUGUCGAAGCUGCAGCGGGCUUGAAAACAUAGCCAGAUCCCGCAAUGACUUAUGGUGCUACAAGAACAUCCUGAAGAGGCUCAGAGCAGACGAGCUGCGCAUCAACAAGGAGGCCAAGAUUCCCUUCCUGCUGCAGGUAGAGGAUGUGAAGUACCUGGUGGAUGUGAUCUGGGCGUCCUGCUCCGCCCUCCACGGCAGCACAGACCUCUACAGCCUGGUGUUUGUCCGCUGGGAGCAUCACAGAGACUGGAGCCCCUGGAACUGCAUCCUGCUGUCCAAAGAAGAGACAUCUGCUCACCUGGAGGUGGAAGAUGUCCACAAGGCUUACGCCACGCCGUUCAUCCACAGGAUCGAGCGCAAACACAUGCUCGCCCGCCGCCACUUCAGUCAGAUCGCCACUAUGACUGCGUAUCUGGACUCUCCUCCUGCUGCUGCCCUGGGCAACCAGCUGGUCUCCAUGCCUAUCACCAUGGCGACAGGCAAGCACACCAGUGACAGCACGCCUUCCUCAGCUCAUUAAGAAACACCGGUGGUUUCCUUUCCUCUGAUAGCACUCCCUCCUCAUUCACACAGUCCCUCACUUUUAAAAACAUUUUGUCUGAGAUGAAAAAUAAAGUUUAUAAUGACUCAUGAGAGCUGAUUUCAGUGCUGAUUGGUGUAAACCCUCUCACAUUUUCACAGUUAAUCUGCACAAAAAGUCAAAUUUUGUCAUUUUACUGACUUCCACUCAACUUUUAACCAAAACAUAAACCACUGGAAGGAUUUAUAUUUUAUGAUUUGUAUAUUUUCACAAAGCUUAUCAAAUCUAACAUCACGAGUUAUACUUCAACACUCACUUCAAGGUUUUUGCACCCUUGGACUUUGCCUGAAUUCAGGUUUUUCAACUAGACCUGCUGCCACAGGUGUUUAAAUCAAGCAUCUGGCCACGAAGUCUCAAACAUUCGUGAAACAAAGUGGGUCGUUCUAGCAAACUCGGUGAAUUCAAGCAUGGUAUUGUGA